AAAUCUUUUGCGCGCGAGUUUCUGAGUUUCCAUUCAUUUAAAAUUUUUUGGUUUGCAAACGCCAAACUUGUACUUUUUCCUGGAAGUUCGAAGAUGUCUGACGAUUGGGAUAAUAAUACUGCUGCAGCGAAAACCAUCAGUUUUGGAAGCAAUCCAUCAGGGUUUGGCGGAGGAUCGGGAUUCGGUAGCGGUAACACUGGUGGUUUUGGAAGUGGAAAUGCAGGCGGGACGGGAUUUGGUAGUAGCAACAAUGGUGGAUCUGGAUUCGGCGGUAAUAACAACGUUGGACCCAGAUUCGGCAAUGGAAAUGCUGGUGGAACUGGAUUCGGCAGUGGAAAUGCUGGUGGAACUGGAUUCGGCAGUGGAAAUGCUGGUGGAACUGGAUUCGGCAGUGGAAAUGCUGGUGGAACUGGGUUCGGCAGCGGAAAUGCUGGUGGAACUGGAUUCGGCGGUGGAAAUGCUGGUGGAACUGGAUUCGGCAGUGGAAAUGCUGGUGGAACUGGAUUGGGCAGUGGAAAUGCUGGUGGAACUGGAUUCGGCAGUGGAAAUGCUGGUGGAACUGGAUUCGGCAGUGGAAAUGCUGGUGGAACUGGAUUCGGCAGUGGAAAAGCUGGUGGAACUGGAUUCGGCAGUGGAAAAGCUGGUGGAACUGGAUUUGGCGGUAAUAGCAACAGUGGAUCUGGUUUUGGUAGCGGAUUGACCAAUGGAUUUGGUAGUGGCAACAAUCAUGAAUCUGGGUUUGGUGGAGGAAAAUCAGGAGGUUUCGGUGGAGGCAACUCUGGUGGAAGUGGCUUCGGUUCAGGAGGUAACUCGAAUGGAUUCGGAAGUGGUGGUGGGGGACAAGAUCGAGGCGAAAGGAAUAAUAAUUGUUUCAAUUGCCAGCAGCCAGGACAUCGAUCGAAUGACUGUCCAGAGCCGAAAAAGGAAAGGGAACCCAGAGUGUGUUACAAUUGCCAGCAGCCUGGUCACAACUCUCGCGAUUGUCCAGAAGAGCGGAAACCGCGUGAAGGCCGAAAUGGAUUCACCGGUGGAAGCUCUGGUUUCGGAGGAGGAAAUGGUGGUGGAACUGGAUUCGACAGUGGAUUAACUAACGGAUUUGGUAGUGGUAACAAUGGUGAAUCUGGCUUCGGUUCGGGAGGUUUUGGUGGUAACUCGAAUGGAUUCGGAAGCGGCGGUGGGGGACAAGAUCGAGGCGAAAGGAAUAAUAAUUGUUUCAAUUGUCAGCAGCCAGGACAUCGAUCGAAUGACUGUCCAGAGCCGAAAAAGGAAAGGGAACCCAGAGUGUGCUACAAUUGUCAACAGCCCGGUCACAACUCUCGCGAUUGUCCGGAAGAGCGGAAACCGCGUGAAGGCCGCAAUGGAUUCACCUCUGGUUUCGGAGGAGGAAAUGAUGGUGGAUUCGGUGGCGGAAAUGCUGAAGGCUUCGGUAAUAACGAGGAACGUGGUCCGAUGAAAUGCUUCAACUGUAAAGGCGAGGGGCAUCGCUCUGCAGAAUGUCCGGAGCCACCACGUGGAUGUUUCAAUUGUGGCGAGCAAGGUCAUCGCUCGAAUGAGUGUCCCAAUCCAGCCAAGCCAAGGGAAGGUGCUGAAGGAGAAGGACCGAAGGCGACAUACGUUCCAGUCGAAGACAACAUGGAAGAAGUUUUUAACAUGCAGAAAAUUUCGGAAGGUCUCAUGUUCAACAAGUUUUUUGAUGCUGAAGUUAAAAUCACGUCUGAUAAAAAACCCGUUGGAGUUAAGACUUGUAAGACGUUCUCCGAAGCUAAUCUGGGCGAAACAAUGAAGAAGAAUGUCGCACAUGCAGGCUACACUAAGACCACUCCAAUUCAACAAUAUACUCUUCCACUUAUUCAUCAAGGACAUGAUAUCAUGGCUUGUGCUCAAACUGGUUCAGGAAAAACCGCUGCAUUCCUUCUGCCAAUCAUGGCUCGUCUGAUUGAUGAAAAUGAUCUGAACACUGCCGGAGAAGGAGGUUGCUAUCCCCGUUGCAUCAUCCUGACUCCGACUCGUGAACUCACUGAUCAAAUUUACAACGAGGGAAGAAAGUUUGCUUAUCAAACAAUGAUGGAGAUCAGACCAGUUUACGGAGGAUUGGCAGUGGGUUAUAAUAAGGGUCAGAUCGAAAAAGGAGCCACGAUCAUUGUCGGAACUGUCGGAAGAAUCAAGCACUUCUGUGAAGAGGGUACCAUCAAGCUUGACAAAUGCCGCUUCUUUGUUCUUGACGAGGCUGAUCGUAUGAUCGAUGCUAUGGGAUUCGGAACUGACAUCGAUACAAUUGUCAAUUAUGAGAGCAUGCCGAAGAAAGAAAAUCGUCAGACACUCAUGUUCAGUGCUACUUUCCCCGAUUCUGUACAGGAAGCAGCUCGAAAUCAUCUGAAGGAAGGCUACAUAAUGCUUGCAAUCGACAAAAUUGGGGCCGCCAACAAGUGCGUCCUUCAGGAGUUUGAAAAGUGCGAUAGAAGCGAAAAGAAGGACAAACUUCUGGAAAUUCUAGGAAUUGAUAUCGACAGUUACACGACAGAAAAAAAUUCUGAAGUGUACACUAAGAAGACUAUCGUUUUUGUCUCGCAAAGAGCAAUGGCUGAUACGUUGGCCUCCAUUUUAUCAUCGGCUCAAGUACCAGCAAUCACGAUCCACGGUGCCCGUGAGCAGAGAGAGCGUUCAGAGGCUUUGAGACAAUUCCGAAAUGGAUCGAAACCUGUUCUUAUUGCUACUGCGGUUGCCGAACGUGGACUUGAUAUCAAAGGAGUGGAUCAUGUCAUCAACUAUGACAUGCCAGACAACAUUGAUGACUACAUUCAUCGUAUUGGAAGAACGGGUCGAGUUGGAAACGCUGGAAGAGCCACCAGUUUCAUCUCUGAAGAUUGUAAUCUUCUGUCCGAACUUGUUCGCGUUCUCUCUGACGCGGAUCAACUGGUUCCAGAGUGGAUGCAAGGAGCUUCAGGGGGAAAUUUCGGAGCUAGUUUUGGAUUCGAAAGCAGCGUUCCAACUCAAAAGCAAGAUGAAGAUUGCUGGUAGAUGUAUCUGCAUAUCCUUCAAAUGUUGUCCAUAUUGUAUCAGUAAAUUAUAAUGCCCCCUUUUUAUAUAUUCUCCUUAUCAUGUAAAUGUUCUAUUGAUUUUUUGCUGGUGUAAAACGUUUUUAUAGUAAAUCCUCUCCACAGUGAAUUUGUUAAAUUGUAUCAAAACAAGACAUUGAUUAAAUUUGUUCGAGACUUGUG